AUGGAAUCGGUUUUCGAUAACGGAUUCACUUGAAUCGAAAAUCGACAUUUGUCUUCUAAGCAAAACAAAUAUAUAAAUGAAGUUAUGUAGAGUUGAGGAUUUUCAUCUGCUAAACACAUUUUUGUCGAAUUGAAAUAGUUUACAUAGAAUUUUAAAUACAAUUAGUUUUAGAUAAACAAAAAUGUCUACUACAAUUGUACAAAAAUUCUAUUGCGGUGAGGUAUUCAUUACGAACACAUACUGUAUGAUACUUGAGUGUAAAUGCUGUAGGCAGCAAUUCGGAGUUUAUUCUACUUUCCUGGACCAUAUAUUUGAAAAACACUUUGACGAUUGGGCGGCAACAGAAAAUUCUAAAAGCGAGCAAAAGAAAUGUACCACUGUAAAAGAAAAGAUAAGCGAGCAAGUUCUGCCAUCAACAAACGGGGACGAACAUAAUACAAUUGAUUCCACAACCUCAAAUGAACUGACUUAUGAAGUUGAUGAGGAGUUGAUAACAGAAAUGUUAGAACCACUGGAAAAUGACAUAGCGGAUAUGGAUGAUGAUAUAAUUGAAAAAGAACAGCAUACUAAAGCUUCAAUACUGAGCGUUCGGCAAGUACGAGUCUUUCCAACAAAACAACUAAAAAACGACGCGGAGCGAAAAUAUAAGUGCAAAAUAUGUGGAUUCGCUGUUGCUGGAAUAUAUAACUUACGUGGUCAUGAACAGCGCCACAGUAAUAUAAAGCCUUUCACAUGUUUAAAGUGCAACAAAGCAUUUUACACGAGUACAGAAUUAAAAAUUCAUACUAGACGACACAACGGAGAAAAGCCAUAUGUAUGUACUUAUUGUGGUAAAUGUUUUAUAACUACUGGUACCUUAAAUAAGCAUGAAAAACAGCAUAUAGACGAGCGACCACAUAAAUGUGAUCAAUGUGAAAAAAGGUUUAACAAUGCGUACCAGCUAAGGCAACACACCGUAGUGCAUACCCAGGAGCGUAAUUUUUCAUGUGAGAAGUGUCAGGCAAAGUUUACACGGAAGAAAACACUACAGACGCACAUGAAGUUACACGACAAUGCGCUAGAAUAUGAAUGCAUCAUAUGCAAUAUGCGUUUUAACCAACGACCUACACUAUUGUGGCAUAUAAAAAAUAAGCAUAAUGUAUUGCGCGAGGAUUCGGAAGGAAAAAUCUCUGCGGAAUUCAAUGUUAACAGUUGAAAUGUACAUAACUCACUCGAUUAGCAGUAAUAAGAAUAUUUUAAAUGUAUGUGAAUAUGUAUGUAAUAGUAGUAGUUUAGAUUAAAAAUUAGACAUAUAAAAACCAAAUACUAAACAUAUAUUUUAUACAUUGACAGUGUUAAAGCAGUUUAUAAAACCGUAAUUAAUUAAAUAUAAGCAAAAUUAAGAAAAAAA